GCAAUCUUGACAAGCGGUCUGCACCUUACCUCGGUCAUCGUAUCGACCACAGAGUUUUGGGUGAUAGGACUGCCAGUCUGCCUAUAGCGCGCGCGAGACAACGACUAUGAAGAAGAGUGUGGCGCGCCCGCGGCCCUAGCCCUGAUGCCGACUAUCAACACGGCGGAGUCGUGGAUCCAUUACUAUAAGAGGCUCGUGGAAGUUUACGACAAGGCGCGACGACGUCUUGUCUUCCGCCACCACCGUCCUUAUCUCAUUCGUGCCCACUACUCAUCUGGUUCGCGCCCACGAUGGAGGCUCCGAGCACACUCAAGCCCGCCGAGGUCGCGCUUGCGAUGGUGAACCACGGCGUCGCGAAGCAUGCCGAGCGCUUGGAUACGACCUUUUUCAAGGCGGUCCUCGCAGGCGUGAUGCUCUCGUUCGGCGGUCUCUUGAGCGAGAUUGUGGGCGGCGGCUCGCCUGGACUGACGGAGAGCAACCCCGGGCUCGUCAAGGCGCUCAGCGGCUUCGUCUUCCCUGUAGGCCUCGUCAUGAUCGUACUGCAAGGGCAUGAGCUUGUCACGAGCAACAUGAUGGUGUAUCCCAUGGCUAUUCUGAAGCGUGCCGUACCGUGGUGGGGGCUGCCUCUGAACUGGAUCAUCGUUUUCGUCGGAAAUCUCGUUGGCAGCCUGUUCUUCGCUGCUAUACUGGUCAAAUAUAGCGGAAUUUUCGACGCAGAGCCGUACCACGCCUAUGCCCAGACGUUCGCGCUAAUGAAAGCAGCAGAUCCUGAGUGGCACCAGAUCUUUCUUCGUGGGAUAGGGUGUAACUGGCUAGUAUGCGUCGCGGUCUGGCAAGCCGCGGGUGCGCGAGAGACCAUCUCGAAGAUAUUCUCCAUCUGGAUCCCCAUCUGGGUCUUUGUGGCCUGCUCCUUCGACCAUGUUGUGGCAAACAUGUUCGCAAUCCCACUUGGCAUCAUGCUUGGCGCGGACGUGAGUUUCCUUUUUAGGCGUCCCUUUGUUUGA